AUGUUGGGAUGGUGCAGUCGUAAACCACAUUAUCCUGUGACUGGAAUGACGAUGGGACCGUGUGCCAUUUUCGUAAAGGAGCACUUCGCAAAAAAUUCCCCAAAAGACUUGUCAGAAGGUAAAAAUACGAUGAGGGAAGCGCUUAGUGUUUCUUUGUUUUGUUUUGUUCAGAAAUAUGCAGAGCUUUCGAGACGUUACCGCGAGAAGAAGAUCCAUGAAUUCGAGGCGCUUUCCGAUGAAGAAAAGAAAGAAAUGAUAAUUGCCUCCUUGGAGGAGAGAGAGGAGCGGGCUCGAAGGAGAAUUCGCAAGGCUAGACGAGAGGUGUUGUUGUUUUACAACAAAUUUUUUAUCUACCGUCUCUUACGUAGGGCGCGUGUGGCCCAGUGCUAG